AUGCCGGAUCCUAAUUCAUCUUCUGUGGGAAGUCCCCAAGGGGCAGGCUUUCCUUCAUUCUAUUCUCCGCGGUCGCAGCAGAUACGGGCGGGCGCAUCUGAUCGGCUAAAUCGAUCAGAUCGUGAUCAAUUAGAUGGUGAUCAAUUUUCGCUUUCGCCCACUGCGGUUGCUGCCGAGGAAACCGACAACACCAAUACCGAUUAUGCGAAUCCACUUCAACCACCGCCGUCGCUGCUCUCCCCGGCCUUCACACCCCCCGUCACUCCCGGUAAUGCGACACCCACACCCCUCGCCGAACAGCAACCCCGCAGCGUCCCUGUAGACUCAUCUGUGGUAUCCGGUGGCUGCGGCUCCAAACGACCGAAGUUGCUAGAGAUCCUCCCCGAGGUGCAGUGCAUCGUGCGCGCUCGCAUACCGACCGUCUCCGGGACGGAGAUGUUUCUGCACUUAUACACAAACAACGUCGAUAACAAGGAACACCUCGCCAUCGUGUUCGGUCCACACAUCCGGAGCCAGUCUCUCGAUGCGCCAAGGGAAGGGGAGACAGAAAUGGAUCGAAUGGUGAGGGGGGCGUACACUGGUCGCCUGUAUCCGGGACGGACACAAAGCAAUAUAGUGAAUAACUCAUCGUCUACUAGCCCGUCUGCCAUAGAUGGAGGGCCGCCUCUUGUUCGUAUACAUUCGGAAUGCUACACCGGUGAGACGGCGUGGUCUGCUCGAUGCGAUUGUGGCGAGCAGCUAGACGAGGCCGCACGCUUAAUGUCACUACCCAGCGCCGUCAACGGAGGCAUUGUCAUCUACCUACGACAGGAAGGUCGGGGAAUUGGUCUUGGCGAAAAGCUCAAGGCGUAUAAUUUACAAGAUCUUGGCUCUGACACUGUCGAAGCCAACUUACUGCUUCGGCACCCGGCGGAUGCGCGGAGUUAUGGAUUAGCGACAGCAAUGCUGCUGGACCUCGGACAGAGUGAAAUCCGGUUACUAACUAACAACCCUGAUAAGAUUAGAGCAGUAGAAGGACCGAAUAGGGAGAUAAAGGUGACAGAGCGUGUGGCGAUGGUGCCUCUGAGCUGGAAAGGCAAGGGGGGGUUCCGGAGCCGAGAGGUGGAAGGGUAUUUGAAGACGAAGAUUGAGAAAAUGGGACAUAUGCUGGACAUGGGUGGCCUACCGUGA